AUUGGGCGAACCGAUCUCCGAGGGGCCCCCCGAUUAGUCACUCGCUCGGCCCCGCGUAAUAGUCACGUGACUACUGUUGCCGAGUCAGCUGCUCUGAGCUUAACUAUGUUGGAACGGGCAAAUGAGGCCGGAACUAAUAGCCACGCACUUCACCACUGCUUCCACGCACGCGCAUCGAGUAUACUCAUAGCUCAGGAUCAUAUGGCUUUUCAGGAACAUUGACUGAUGAUACGUAGUAUUUCUUCUCCAUGGAAGACCUGUUGAGACCCUUCCUGCGGUACACAGAGAACGACCGGAUUCCUGGCCCGCCUGCCUUUUCACUCGAGCUCCGCGGCCCGGACACCCUAUCGCGUACCGCCCCCUGCCUAUUCGACGUGACUCUCCGUCGGGUGGAUGAUGAUGACCAGCACUGUCACUUCUAAUGGACCCCGCAGAUGCAUGGGUUUGUCCCCUCGCGUGGCUUCGUUCUCUUCCAUCAUACCGCGCAGGGCGAGCUGAGGCCGGUCGAGCUCCCCGAUGACAACAAGCUCCCUCCGUUGGAGUAUUGGCGCUGCUUCCCGGUCAGUCUACAUCCACCCGGAAACGUCCAGCAGUAUCGGGAUGUUGUUCCCGACCGGUUGCUUCCGUAUCUGCAGACAGGAGAGCGGUAUGUGCUUUUUUGGCCCGGCCAACAGUAUACCUCGUGGAAGUGGGAACAGAACCCAGGGGGAACUCUUUAUGGACAUGUCCCACCUGCAAAGACUGAACUCGUUCUACCCGCCGGUCCCUAUCUCUCGUUCAUCGUAGUGGAGGAUGACGGGGAGCAGCCGACUACCAUGCCAAUAUCCCCCGCGCCCUCCCCGACAGAAGGUGAAGCCCGUCCUACUCUCAUCGCCCGACUCGAAUGCCAUCCCCAGCACCAGGUUGCUUUGAAGGAUGACCUCGUGACCGCGACCCUCCACGUUACGUACGAGCCGCCAACCAGUGGUGCUGGCGGCGGUGGUAGACCGAUUACCUUCCGCACCCCGCGACUUCACACCAAGCUCUGGGUGUGGCGGGGGAGGUGGGUUGAUAUGGAGGGGUUUGUGUGUGGAGCAGGCAUCUACGAUGACCCUGAUAUCCAGAUCUCGCCCGGAGAAGAUGAUAGUUUUGCCUGCCUGCAUCCGGGACAAACGUGGUCUCAGACCUUCCGCCAUGAACUGCUUACUGAUAUUGAAGAGGAUGGCGGCGAGGCCCAGGUGGGUGAGCAAAUACGGUGUCUCUUCGACGGGACAAUGCUCGAUUGGUGGGAUUGGGGCACGAGAGAGUACCAUCUAGCGACUACAAUCACGCUGCCAUGCUGGGGAGGGCCUACAGUGGAGGAGCCCGCGGAUAAUGACGGACGGCCGCUGGUAAUCAUUCCUGCAGCGAAUCCGGUUGGUUUGGAGAUUGUAUAAAACUGGCCCGGGGGUAUUAAGCAGAACAGGGCAUGUCUUUUUAUCCUCCGGGGCGGGCAGUAAGAGUCUUACAGGCUCUCCCCUUUCUUUUCCUCUUACUCCAAUAUUCACUCUACAAAGCCUGGGAAGGGAAGGGCCA